CAGCAUUUCAUUUGAAGCAUUGUUUUGAAAACUGCCGUAGCACACAAAAUGGCAUCCUCCAUAAUCUUCUUUGUUCUUGCAUCAGCACUUUUUAUCCAGGCUGCCUACGGCUCGUGCGGGUGCGGCGUCAACAACUACGCCCCGCUGGUGUCAGCAGGCUGCGGCAACAACCUCGCCUUGUCCAACGGCCUCCUGGGAUCCAACCUCAUCGGCCUGAACAAUGGAUACGGCUCUUCAGUUCUGUCCAGCGGCCUCGCGUACCCUGAGAGCAUUCUGAGCAUCGCCAGUGGCUCCUACACCACCCCGAACGGCAUCUCAGUUGUAGCUGAGAAUCUGGAGAUCGGCGGAACGGUGGCAGUGUCUGGGGCUAUGCCCUUCGUCGGAGCAGUCUCCAUGGGCGGCGUGGCUCCCACCUCUGGUCAAGCGCAGGUCGCCUACAGCUCUGUGCCUGGUGUGGCCCUCACCGACGCUGGCUGCGGUCAGGGUAUCUCUGGUGGUGUUGGCUACAACGGACUCAUCGGAAACAGCAUUGGUAACAACUACCUAAGCAACGGUCUCAUUGGAAACAACUACCUAGGUAACAACCUGGUUGGUAACAGACUGCUCGGUAACAACAUUGGCUGCGGAUGUGGAUGUCAGUAAAUUUCUUUCUACAAGUCUUCGAAAAGGAAAAAUAUAGCUUUUUUAAACUUUA